UUGAUGAUUCUAAGUAUUAUUCAAAAUUCUAAUUAAACACCAAUAAGCUGCUUUAGAGAAAGAAAAUCUUACAUUAACACCAACAGAGACAAAAAUGGAUUUCACUGAUAAUAGAUCUGACUUCUCACUUAGAUUUUGAUUAAGUUUAACCACAUUUAACAUCGAGGGAAUUAACUGCUUUGCUGGAUAUAGAAAAUAUCCCCUUUCUUAAUCCACUGGUUCUGUGGUGACAUUGUGACUGAUCUUCCAGAGCAGGGAACAAACAUCUACCACUCUCCAGAUCCACUCCCUGUGACAACACCAGCAGUCAAAUACUUAAAAAUAAUUAUGCAUAAAGUGAUACACUCAGAUCUGACACUCAAUUUUGUCUUCAUUUAUAUUAAUGCUAAAAAUAUGAGCAUUCCCACACAAACGUGAUCAUUUCCUUAAAUUACUGUGAGAGGAAAUUUUUGUAGUAGUAUUCUGUUAAUAUUGCCACACAGUAUUAGCUCUGGUGGAAAUCACUGCUUAACAAUUUCACCACAACUAAUAAUUUCCUGCAUCCCUUUAUAUAAAUUUCAAAGGGAUGACUAUAAGAAGAUACAGGCAGAGCAUGCAUGAUACAUUUUGGGUACCUUGCACCAAAUAUAAAAAUUUCUACAUGCAAAACACAUUUCCUAAAGAAUUAACAGGCUGACAUGAAGAUCUACACUAAACCUUGGAGUGGUUUUAAGCAUGAGUAGGUGAUAUGAGGCUAUCCAACAUUUAAUACAAGGCCACAAUUUUAUUUACACCUGAAAAAAGCCACUUAAAUUAAUGUCCUGGAAACAACCACAUGUAAUAGUCCACUGUAAAUCUUUAUGCAUUCUUGCACGUAUUUUAAAGACUUUUCCUCUUUGUUCUUUCCAGUGUCAUCACAAUGGUUUAUGGCUUCCCUCUCACAGUUCAGAUAUUGGCUGCUCCUCCAGGACAGACAAAGGCACGAUGCUGAAUAGUUACACCUAUAAUUUGAAAUUGUCCAUGCCCUUAAGAACAUUUCCUCCAGCAUAACAUGAGGGAGUUGCUCUUUUCUCCUUCCCCAAAAAUUUUCCCUUCCGUGUGGUUGUUGAAAGAGUAAAACAAAAAUAUGCAGAGCAGCAUGUGCUAAAUAUCCACUGCAAAUCCUCCUUAAACUAAAAGAAAAAAAAAAAGCUAUAUGCAAUAAGAAUAUGCACCACUUUACAUGGAAAAAACCCCAGGAACCCCAAGUUUAAUCCCUUGAGAGCUGCUAUCACACCAGACUUACAGUUGAUCUUUCUGGUUUGUUCACAUUUAUAGUAACCUUAGAGACUCCAGAACAAAAUCUUUAAAAGAAUUCCAUCCCUUUGAAAGCAACUCAGAGUAUUUUACCUAAUAUCAAAGAACAGAGCUACAAAAUUAUUAUUAUUAUUAUUGAAAGUGAUUGCAGUUUUCUGUGAUUUCCCAUUCUUUAAUCUGGUUAUGUGGCUGUACCCUGCAAUGUUAUCAUGGCUAAUAAAAAUUAACUUUUCUCUACAGUUUCUUGGGAAGUUUACUAGCACUGAGUGCUAAAAGCAAGGAAAGAAAGGUGCAUACACAGGGAGAUUAUCUGCAGUGGCAAUCUUGAAUUUCCAUAGAAUUAUUUUCUUCUGAAGUAAAGAACAGACUCAUAGAACUCCCAAAACAAUACUGACAUAAAACACUGAACUGGUGGGACUCCCUUGUACACUCUGGAAGACUCAGGUUGGUCAGCUCUUAUGGCAAUCAAGAAAGAGAACUUAUUAACAAACCAGAAUCUAUCAUGCCACAAAAAGAAAAAAUUAAAAAAAAAAAAGAGGAAAUGUUUUUGAAUGCACUGUGCACUGCUCCACCAAGCCUCAGUCCUCAGGUGGUUUUUGUUAUUUUCCUGAAAUCCACCAAAAACUCACAGUAUAUUGCAGUAAUGAUGCACAGCAGCAGCAGAACUGAAACACAGUGUUACAAAAGGAAGAUAUAAAAACAGUCCCCCUGCUCUGCCCAUCUCAAAAAGAGAAAUACAUCUCUGAGAAAUCAUCUCUGUUUUCUGAUCGCAACGUGCCGGGGUGACCGUCAGUGACAGCACAGAGCAGCCAGUGCCCCCACGCUGAGUUUUGUCCUCUGCGAUGUCACAGAGCAGCUCUGUGAAGUGACAGAAAGAUCCUUCCAGGGCAGCUGCUCACGGAUCACCCAUGGAACACCCAGGAACCGCCAGCCCUGCCGGCCCCUGGCAGCCACCAGGCGUGGAGCACAGCCACCAGCACAGCAUGCAGAGCAGCUCCCGCUGGGGCAGGUCCCUGCAGCCCUCCCAGCAUGGACACCGUGGUGCUUAAGAAGAGGGGCUACAGCCUCGGAGACACUCUUGGAGAAGGCUCCUACGGCAAAGUGAAAGCUGCCUACAGCCACCACCUGAAAUGCAGAGUGGCCAUCAAGAUCAUCGACAAGAAGAAAAUCUCUCAGAACGUCCUGGAGAAGUUUCUCCCCAGGGAAAUGGAGGCUUUGAUGAGGCUGCACCACCCCUCCAUCAUCGAGACCUACGAGAUCUUUGAGACGUCCUCUGGGAAGGUGUACAUCGUGAUGGAGCUGGGGGAGAAGGGGAGCCUCCUGAACUACCUCACCAACCAGGGCGCCAUGGAGGAGAGCGUCGCUCGCACCAAGUUCAAGCAGUUGGCUUCUGCCAUCAAGCAUUGCCACGACUUGGACUUUGCCCACAGGGACCUGAAAUGUGACAACAUCCUUCUCGACAGCGAUCUCAACUUCAAGCUGUCGGACUUUGGCUUUUCAAAGCCCCUGGCUCGGGAUGAAAACGGGAAAACCGUUCUGAGCAGCACCUUCUGCGGGUCCCUGGCGUAUUCAGCCCCAGAACUGCUUGAGCACAUUCCUUGUGACCCCAGGAUUUCGGACAUGUGGAGCCUGGGCAUCAUCCUGUAUGCAAUGCUUUUUGCUUCACAGCCAUUUGAUAGCUCCAACGUCAAGGAAAUGCUCCAGGUUCAGAAGCAACAGAGGAUCCCCUUCAUCAAGUCCAAACAUCUCUCUGCAGAGUGCAAGGACCUCAUCGCCCACUUGCUGCACCCCGAUGUGGCUCAGAGGCUGUGCAUAGAUGAUGUUUUGGCACAUCCCUGGCUGCAGAACCCAAAGCUCAUGCACAGCCUGCGAGUUGCAGGAGGUGGUGACCCCAAAGCCUGUGGCAGGAAAAGCCCGAGAAGAACCAUUGUGCGUAGGUGUAAGGAGUGGAGGAGGAGAUCAGAUCCCCUUAAGGAUCAUUUCCUUUAGCAGGGCCUCCUCUGUGAACUGCAUUAGUUUAAAUUCACAUUAAAGAGAACCUGUCUCAAAUUGCUCGUGGCAGUUGUGUCCCCUCUCCUGUGCACUUGAUGGAGGAGCUUUAACACUGCCAAAGUCAGGACUGUGAAAGACAGGGGGAAAUAAAGAGGGAGAGAAGUUUUAGAACAUGUAACCAAACUGCAGAGGAGCAUUUUGUAUUUAAUACUUGAAGGAGGAAUGUAUUUCCUACUUGACAAUUCAAUUUUUUUAAUAUAUCUGAAUAUCAGACCCACUGCACUUUUUAACCAUUUAUGUCUAUUUUAGUACUCAGACUCUAG